AUGCCUUCCGACCGGGCGGACUUGUCCUCUGACCAGGACAAGGAACACAAGCACAAGAAGCUCGACAAUGAAGUCCGUGACAUGUUCUCUGCAAUAACUAGUCGCAUUUUCCGUCUCCAUAAUGUUGGAGGCUCGAGCCACCACCGUGGUGAUGGUGAAGAUGAUCGAGGAAUCAGAGUCAUCACACUUGCCGGGAACAACAUGGGAGCCACCUUCCGGGGUGGCCAGGACGAGAAAAUGGGUGGUGGCCCUGAGGAGGAGAAUGAUGAUGAUGCCCUUGGAACUUACGUGAAUAGCAAUUUUCAGGCCAUCAAUAACUCUAUUAUGAUGGGCGGGAGUUAUAGCGGAAAUGAUCCCGGGGUGCACGCAGAGAUCACAGAUUUCACUGAGAACUAUUUGUACGACACUGUAUUUCUCGACAUUCGUUCGCUUAAAUAA